UUCAGGUGGCCACGUCACCUGUUCUUUGCCUUAAAUAGCCACUGUCCCUCCCAAAUUUUCUGGGCUUUCUCUCUUACCACUCUCUCACCAUCAUUAUCCACAAUCUCCUCCUUCCCCUUCAUAAUUUAUUCAUACCCAUUGCGCUUCCUGUUCUUCUCAACUUACCAUUUCUUUUGGACCCUCACCCAUAUUUAGUAAUAAUUCUCUCAUUUUCUCCUCUGUUCUUGUCUUUUUGGCCUACUUCUCUACCUCAUUCUCGCCGGAAUUGAUAUUAGUUCAGGAAUUUCAGGGCUUUGUGGCAUCUUUGGAUGAGAGAUAAGGCUGUUUAAGAUUCUAUCACCAAAUCUUUGUUACUAUAUCCAAUUAUAAGGAAGGAACUAAAACAUGUCUGGCCCAACAAAGGUUUCGGAUCCCGCUUUCCAAGGAGUAGGCCAGAAAGUUGGCACCGACAUUUGGCGAAUUGAGAAUUUUCAGCCUGUUCCGUUGCCUAAGACCGAUUACGGAAAAUUCUAUAUGGGGGAUAGCUACAUAAUAUUGCAGACGACACAAAACAAAAGUGGCUCGUUCUUGUUUGAUAUACACUUCUGGAUUGGAAGAGAUACAAGUCAGGAUGAAUCCGGGACUGCUGCAAUAAAAUCUGUUGAGUUAGAUGCAGCUCUCGGCGGACGUGCAGUGCAGCAUAGAGAGCUUCAAGGCCAUGAAUCCGACAAAUUUUUAUCAUACUUCAAACCGUGUAUAAUUCCGCUUGAAGGAGGUGUUGCAUCUGGAUUUAGAAAAUACGAGGAGGAAGAAUUUGAAACGCGGUUAUAUACCUGCAAAGGAAGACGAGUCGUUAAGAUGAAACAGGUUCCUUUUGCACGGUCUUCUCUUAAUCACGACGACGUGUUCAUCCUCGACACCGAAGACAAAAUAUAUCAGUUCAAUGGUGCUAAUUCCAAUAUCCAAGAAAGAGCCAAGGCCUUGGAAGUGGUUCAAUAUUUGAAGGAAAAGUAUCACCAGGGAGUGUGUGAUGUUGCAAUAGUGGAUGACGGGAAGUUGGAUACCGAGUCGGACUCCGGGGAGUUCUGGGUCCUCUUUGGUGGUUUUGCACCUAUCGGAAAGAAGGCUAGCACGGACGAUGACGUGGUUGCAGAAGCCACACCUCCUAAACUCUAUAGCAUAGCUGAUGGCAAAACGAGUAUCAUUCAAGGUGAACUUUCCAGAUCAUUGUUAGAAAAUAACAAAUGCUAUCUACUCGACUGUGGUUCUGCGGUAUACGUUUGGGUUGGACGGUUAACGCAAGUCGACGAAAGAAAAAUGGCGAACCAAGUUGCUGAGGAAUUCGUUACUAAUCAAAAGAGGCCGAGGUCGGUACAAAUAACACGACUUAUUCAAGGUUAUGAGACGCAUUCUUUCAAAUCCAAUUUCGGUUCCUGGCCAGCCGGAUCUGCAGCUGCUGGAGCUGAGGAAGGACGAGGAAAGGUAGCAGCUUUAUUGAAGCAGCAAGGCGUUGGUAUUAAGGGGAUGUCGAAAAGUACACAAGCAAAUGAGGACGUACCUCCGUUGCUGGAGGGCGGUGGAAAGAUGGAGGUAUGGUACGUCAAUGAGGACACCAAAACUCCGGUGUCUUCAGAGGACGUCGGUAAAUUCUAUAGCGGAGACUGUUAUAUUAUUCUUUACGCUUACCACUCCGGUGAGAGGAAGGAAGAUUAUCUUUUGUACACUUGGUACGGAAAGGAUAGCGUCGAGGAGGACCAAACAACAGCAGCUCGUCUUGCAAGUUCGAUGUCAAACGCGCUUAAGGGGAAACCUGUUCAGGGUCGAGUUUUUCAGGGUAAAGAACCGCCACAGUUCGUUGCACUUUUCCAGCCUUUGGUGUUCUUCAAGGGCGGUGUUAGUGCCGGCUACAAGAAAUGGAUAGCAGAGAAGGGCUUGGCGGAUGAAACAUAUAGUGCAGAUAAUAUUUCUCUCAUUGAGAUUUCUGGAACUUCUGUCCACAACAAUAAAGCAGUGCAAGUUGAUCAUGUGGCAACAUCGUUGGACUCGGGCCAUUCUUUUGUCCUGCAAACGACGUCUUCUUUGUUCAUAUGGCACGGAAGUCAAUGUCCGUUCGAGCUGCAGCAAUCCGCUGUGAAAGUUGCCGAGUUUUUAAAGCCGGGCGUUACUUUGAAACACGCUAAAGAAGGUACCGAAAGUUCAAUUUUCUGGUCGGCUCUUGGCGGAAAACAAAAUUAUACGAGCAAAAAAGCAGCUCAAGAUAUCGUUCGAGACCCGCACCUAUACACGAUUUCAUCGAAUAAAGGACGAUUUCAGGUACAGGAGGUUUUCAACUUCUCUCAAGAUGAUCUCUUGACGGAGGAUGUGUUGAUUCUCGAUACACACGCGGAAGUGUUCGUAUGGAUCGGUCAGUUGGUCGACUCGAAAGAAAAGCAAAACGCCUUUGAAAUUGGGCAGAGUUACAUAGAAUUGGCUGCAUCUCUGGAGGGUUUGCCCCCAAAAGUACCACUCUACAAAGUCACUGAGGGAACCGAACCGAUGUUCUUCACGACGUAUUUUUCAUGGGAUAAUACGAAAGCUAUCACUCAAGGUAACUCGUUCCAGAAGAAGGUUUCUCUGUUGUUUGGAAUUGGCAACGCUGCGGAGGAUAAAACUAACGCAUCAGGAGGACCUAGGCAAAGAAGUGAAGCUUUAGCUGCUUUAAACUCUGCAUUUAAUUCAUCCUCUGAGCCGAAACCUGUUGCUACGAGGUCGUCGGGCCGUAGUCAAGGCGGAGGCUCACAAAGGGCAGCUGCUGUAGCUGCACUUUCUAAUGUUCUUACAGCUGAAAAGAAGCAAGGCUCUGAUUCUCCUCCUGCCUCACAGAAUCGCAGUCCACACCCAGAUGAGGGGAAAGGAGAGGAUGACAAUUUCCAAGCCGAAAAGGAGGAUGGUAAAGAUGAUGAAGACAAGGACGGAGGGACUUUUUCGCCUUCAUUUGAAAACGACGGGGGACAGGAAGAUAAUGCUGAACCUGUUGUUGGCACGUACACUUAUGAUCAACUAAAAGCGAAGUCGGAGAAUCCAGUGACUGGAAUCGACUUCAAACGAAGAGAGGAAUAUCUUUCUCCGGAAGAGUUCGAGACGAUAUUCGGCGUAACGAAAGAAGCAUUCAGUAAGCUGCCUAAAUGGAAGCAAAACAUGCAGAAGAAGAAGUUCGAUCUGUUUUAGAGAAUGAACGUAUUGUGGUGUCUUGCUGUUGGCUCGUUCGAACUCCGACAUCCAUGUUCGUGACAAGGCAUCAUGGCUGGUUCUUGCAAUUUUGUUUAGUAUUUGGUUGUUUUGUUGAUUGUGAUGCAGGGUGAUGAGUGGUUUUUUUGUUUGUUCUUUGUUUUUCCUUGUUUUUCUUUGUUCCCCUCCCUGCAUUGGCUGUUACAAUUCUUUUGUUGAUUAUUCUUUGUUUUGUUUUGAGGUCAUUUGAGCCUUUUGAUCUUCUUAUUUUGGCAGAAAGAAAUGAAAUCUUGUUUUUCUGCUAA